GGCGGGAUGAGUCACGGCUGGCUGGCUGUGCUGUGCACCUUCCCAUAGGUGAGAGACUCGGACCUCUCUGGGAGAAAACUGCAGUGCCCGCUCGUCCUGGCUUUGGCCUUGGCAGGGUGCUGGAGCCCUGGGUCUGCCGGGUCUGGCCUCUGGGGCCACGGCUGACUUUCCCUGAUGUGUGGAAAGAGCCCUGCGCGUGUGCUUCCACUUCUCCUGGGCUUACAGCUCACAGCCCUUCGCCCUACAGCAGCUGUGGAGAUUUACACCUCCGGGGCCCUGGAGGCAGUCAACGGGACAGAUGUGCGCUUAAAAUGCACUUUCUCCAGCUUUGCCCCUGUGGGCGAUGCCCUAACAGUGACGUGGAAUUUCCGUCCUCGAGAUGGGGGUCGUGAGCAGUUUGUGUUCUACUAUCAUAUGGAUCCCUUCAGACCCAUGAGCGGAAGGUUCAAGGACCGGGUGGUCUGGGAUGGGAACCCUGAGCGGUACGAUGUCUCCAUCAUCCUCUGGAAGCUGCAGUUCGAUGACAAUGGGACGUAUACCUGCCAGGUGAAGAACCCACCUGACGUCGAUGGUCUGGUAGGGUUGAUCCGGCUCAGCGUGGUGCACACUGUGCCCUUCUCUGAGAUCUUCUUCCUGGCUGUGGCCAUUGGCUCUGCAUGCGCAGUGAUGAUCAUAAUAGUGAUCACUGUGGUCCUCUUACAGCACUUCCGGAAACGGCGACGGGCGAAAAGGGCUGAUAAAGAUGAGGGGAUAAAAUCAAAAGAGGAGGAGAUACUCAAACAAGAGAACAAGGUCUCUGUGUAUUUGGAAGACUAACACUGUGAGGAAGCUGAGGAUUUUCAAGGACUACUUUUAAGGAAGUCAAUGGAAACUUUUCCAGUGAUGACCUGUCAUCUUGCAAGUUCUGCAGCACAAACCUGCCUAGAUGAGCAACGCCCUUGCCCAGCAGCUUAGGACUCUCCCUGAGCAGACACCACUAGACUUCUGUGUCUCUUCAUUACUAGGGUUUUACCUAAUUCCAGAGUGCGGAUGUGUAUUAGCUUUUGUAAACUGGAAAUUACAUUUUUGUCCUUCCAUAUGCCUGUGGGGUAUGACUCCUGUACUCCUGUGUGUAUUGGCAUCAAAGGGGCAGGAAAGCCAGCUAACCUGUCUGUCAGGUGACAUUGCUUCUCACAUUUGAGUUUCUUUCUUUCUUUUUUUUUUGAGCUGAGGAUCGAACCCAGGG